CUCUUUCUCUCAUUCAAAAAUGGGAAGACCUCCUUGCUGUGACAAAUCCAAUGUGAAAAGGGGUCUUUGGACUCCUGAGGAAGAUGCUAAAAUACUUGCCUAUGUAUCCAAUCAUGGAAUUGGAAAUUGGACAUUGGUUCCAAAGAAAGCAGGGCUGAACAGGUGUGGUAAGAGCUGCAGGUUAAGAUGGACCAACUACCUAAGACCUGACCUCAAGCAUGACAAUUUCACUCCCCAAGAAGAAGAGUUCAUUAUUAACCUUCAUGAAGCCAUAGGAAGCAGAUGGUCUUUAAUUGCUAAAAGACUACCUGGGAGAACAGACAACGAUGUCAAGAACUACUGGAACACAAAGCUGAGGAAGAAGCUUAUGAAGAUGGGAAUUGAUCCAGUGACCCAUAAGCCAGUGUCACAGGUCCUCUCUGACUUGGGAAGCAUAAGUGGACUUCCAAGCACCAACCAAAUGAGUUUUGUCAACAAGGACUUGAUGAGCAACGUGCUACCAACCAGAACUGAACCAAGUGCAUCCCAGUACUCAUCAGGAAUGGCCAAUGCAGGUGCCAAGAAGAAUCCAAUGGUGGAGCACACACAAGAGGAUCAAGUUCACUCAUGGGAACAUCAGGUUCAGUACCAAGUCAUAAGUCCAGAGAAUGUCCAACCACAUUUCUUUAGUGAAUCUGCAUCCUCAAGCUCUUCCUCAUCUUCCUCUAAUUUCACAGGAUUAAGCUCACCACAGUCCUAUUCUUGUAACACUUCUCAGGCUCAAAUUACCCCUCCUUGUUCCUCCUUUGAUUGGAGUGAGUUUCUCCACAGUGACCCUUUUAUGUGGUCAGAGUUUCAACAGCUUCAACAGUGUGACCUGCACAAGGUUAUGUCAUCAUUGAAACCCUCAGGUCUGAUGCUAAGUGAAGUUGAACUUUCCAAUAAUAACAAAAGCAAUGGCCAUGACAAGCAAGGAGGUGCAAGUGAGUGUUCUGGGGAUGUAGCUUGUGAUACAAGCAUGGGAGAUCAAAUUAACAAUCAGUGUGAAGGUCAUUCAGCUUCAGGGAAUUCCUUCGUGGAUGGUAUUUUGGAUAGGGAUAGUGAGAUAAGGGCAACAUUCCCUGAACUUUUGGAUGCUUCUUUUGAUUAUUAA